GAUGGCAGAGGGAUCAAUGAUGAGCAACGUGCCCCCGGGCAAGUCCCGCUGGCACUCGUCCAAGUCCCGGGUGGUAUGGUCGAAUCCGCUGCUUGAGCAGGAGCCUGCCGUGGGUGGUCUCCGUCGGCGGGUGACCAACCCCAACUCGGUGCCGUCCGCCUCUGGUGGGCCGACCGCCACCAGCUCGCCAUUGCAGCAUGAGACGUCGGAUGUGGUGUACGAUAUGCCGAUGAAGCUGAUCUUUGCGCAGGUUGCUGUUGUCGGCCUCAUUCUCGUCUACCUUGCAUAUCGCCUGUUCUUUGCAAAGUCGGUUCCCAUGGCCGCCGUCAUCCAGGAGGCUCUGGUCGACGUCUCGCUGGACGAGCUGGCCGCAGCCGACGGAGGGGACGGACGUAAGGCAUACGUUGCCAUCGGGCUGCACGUCUACGACGUGACGGAUGACCCGCGGUUUGGUAUCGGCGUCGAGGGAUUUGAUCCGCUUGCGGCCCAUGCUGCCCGGACUGCCGGGAAGAAGCCCGACGUGCUGGACCCGCUCGAGCUUGCCGCCUGCUGGCCGCACCUCCCGGGCCGAGUCAUCGAUCGCGUCCUUGCUCUGGACUCGUGCUCCGAUCAAGCCCUGGCCGACUCUGCCAACGUCGACGGCCUCACCGCCCGCCAGCGCGCCGCCGUCCGCCACCACGAGCUGCGACUCCGCUACGAUCGGCGCUACGUCGGCCAUCUCGCCCAUCCUGACUCGGUCGAGCACCACGACCAUAGCUAUGGCGCCGAUUGA